UUUGACAGCUGGGUGACAGACAUUUUUGUUUUGCGCAUAAUUCUUUCGAACGGCUGGCGAAGGCCAGGUUUCAAGAAAGUCAAUUGCGGAGGGAAAAAGUGCGCAAUGAUGAAAUUUUGUUGCUUUUUAAAAGGAAGGAAUUAAAGCACAAUGAUAUCAACAAGUAUAAAGAUAAGCAUCCUGUUCAACCUGAUCAAGUCUAUGCUGUGGUGGCGUAGGAUCGCAAACAGUGUCCAGAGUUGAUGAAAUCGCUUAAGUUUUCACUUCACAUCAUUCUCAGUAUCAAAUGGCUUCCAAUAUUUGGGGAAAAUGCAUCAAAAGGGAAGCUUAAUUUUGUUGCUAACAAACAAGCAAAUUUGGAUGAUUGGAAAGUGUCUGUGAAUAAAAAUGAUGAAUUAACAUUAAAAAUUGUCGUAGUCACGGAGGAUAAUUCUGAGGGACUGGAUGUGAACGAUAAUGACAGUGCAAACUUACUAGAAAUCGAUUCAAAAUUAUUCAGAUCAAAAAGGAGUAGCACAGACAUAAAAACAACAAAUACUCUUUCCUAUAUUUGUCCACUUUGUGAAAAAGUUUUCCAUAGAUGCAGCGUUUUAAAAGCUCACAUGGAAACACACCCUGAUGGUCCUGUCAUUACAAAAAGUAAAGCCUUUUGUAAUGAAGAAGUUGACAAUGAAAAGGUUGAAGUUAAGAAUGAAAAAGAAGUUCAGCAGAAUAAGGCUGUUGUGAAAAGAGAUUCUGGUGGUGGAAACAAGACUUUUAAUUGUUCCGUAUGCAUGGACAGCUUUGAUAGCAAAAGAUUGUUUGUGUCACAUAUUACAUAAGGGGACAAAGUCUUACAUUUGCAGUGUGUGUGACAAGUAUUUUGGCUGCCUAAACCUGCUAAAAAAGCACGCAAAAA